AUGCUGUCAGACCUGGGGUUCCGUCUGCUGCUGAUGGUGGCAGUGCUGGGCUCUGAACCCAGAGCCCAAGCCAUGGAAGGUGUCAAAUGUGGGGGUGUGCUCUCAGCACCUGCUGGAAACUUCUCCAGUCCCAACUUCCCCAGUCUCUACCCGUACAACACGGAAUGCAGCUGGCUGAUCGUGGUGGCCGAGGGUUCUUCAGUGCUGCUCACUUUCCACACCUUUGACCUGGAGUUCCAUGACACCUGUGCUUUCGACUUUCUGGAGAUCUACAAUGGGGCCUCGGGAGACCAGGGCAACCUGCUGGGGAGGUUCUGUGGCCAGGUGCCCCCGCCAGCCUUCACCUCCUCUUGGCACGUCAUGUCUGUCAUCUUCCACUCGGACAAGCACGUUGCCAGUCGAGGGUUUUCUGCAGGCUACCAGAAAGAUGUGUGUGGUGGAGUCCUAACGGGCCUGUCGGGGGUCCUGACCAGCCCCGAAUACCCCAGCAACUACCCCAACAAUGCGGAGUGCCACUGGGUGAUCCGAGCCACCGGCCCUGCCACCAUCAAGCUGGUGUUCGAGGACUUCCAGGUGGAGGCCAACGAGGGCUGCACCUAUGACUACGUGGCCGUGCUUGGGGGACCCGGCCCCACCCGAGGACACCACUACUGUGGCAGUGCCAGGCCACCCACUCUCAAGUCGCUGGGCCGUGAGCUGCAGGUGAUCUUCAAGUCCGACUUUAAUAUCGGAGGCCGGGGCUUCAAGGCCUACUUCUUCUCAGGAGAAUGCCAGGAGGUGUACACAGCUUUACGGGGCAACUUCUCCAGCCCGCAGUACCCCAGCUCCUACCCCAACAACAUCCGCUGCCACUGGACUGUACGCCUGCCCCCCGGCUACCGCGUCAAGGUGUUCUUCCUGGACCUGGACCUGGAGGAGCCCAGCAGCCUGACCAGGACCUGUGACUUUGACCACCUGGCAGCCUUUGAUGGGAACAGCGAGGAGGCGCCCCUGCUGGGGAGUUGGUGUGGCCACCACCUGCCGCCACCUGUCAUCUCCAGCCACCACCAGCUCCUGCUUCUGUUGCGCACCGACCGCAGCGCCACCCGCAGGGGCUUCUCAGUGGCCUACAUUGGGGUGGUGCCCAUCAACGUUAGCUGUUCCCGCACGGACUUCCAGAUCCUGAUCUCUAGGCAGGCGCUGGCCCCGCUGGAGCGGACCAAGGUCUACCUGGGCAGCCCGAGCUGUGUGGCCCAGGAAGUGGGCGGCAACUUCCGGAUUCAAGCCCGCUUUGACACCUGUGGCACCGAGUCUCAGAGAAGGAACAACACCUCAGUGAUCGUCAGCGUGCUGUAUAUCGACUUCUCGGUCAACGGGCGGGAGGAUGUGCAUGAGUACGAGGUCCACUGUGAGCCCCGGCGCAAGGAGGCAUCUGUCCACCUGCUGUCUGGCUCCAGCUGGCUGGGGCCCUAUGCUGCCACUGCUGAACACCUGCAGGAGGCGCCACCCCGGGAGGAGGUGGAGGCAUUGGAGGGCCCUCCGACCCUGGUGACCCAGGACAUCAGUGACUUCGUCUUCCUGGGUCUUUGCAUCCUGGCUGGGGUCCUUAUGGUGGUUGCCAUUGUGGUGCUGAUGCUGCUGUGAGCAAGCGCAGGAGGAGGUGGGCAUCUGGUAUACCUUAGAAGCUGUUUGGGAAUGACACCGCAGGGGUGUGACCAGGCCUGGCUGAUUUGCUUGCCAGGGUAGGCAAGUCACUGUCCCUUUCUGAGCUUCAUUCUCCUGGGGAUCUUCACUCUGCCUGGCUGGUCUCACAGGGCUGGCAGGAGAGAAGAGAAGCCAGGGAUUGGAGUUUUGGGAUGCUUUGGGAUUGUACAUGUAUGAUGAAGCAUAUGUCUCCCAUGUGUGAGACCAUGAGUCUGAUCCCUGGAACCCCCCAAAAAAUAAAAAUUAAAAAGAGCUUUGUGAACUCUAGAAGGCCAUGUAUGUGUGUGGAAUUAUUGUUAUCACUAAUUUUAAAAAUAUUCUGCAGAGCUGGAAGAUAUUUAAAAGAUAGCUC